AUGUCAACACGCACUGCACUCAAGAUAAGCAGAGCCUCACACAAUCUUAUAUCAGAUUCUCUUCCGAGAUCAUUGACGACAUCGAGGAGGUUCAUAUCGACGGCCGGAAGCUACAAAACUCCCAAGCCUUUCAACGAAGCGAACUUACAUUAUCGUCCAUCAUCGCCAGAACGGGAGAAAUUAAUCGCAGCACUUCAGGAAUUACGACCAAGGAUACCAGUUCGAGUCCCUUCCAUAAAAAAUGGACAGGAAACGACAGCACAAGCCAAUCAGCCCGAGUCUGAAACUUUCAUGCCUUCAGAGGCAGCCUCAGUGUUCGCAACAUACAACCCAGCAACAGAACAAGACGUUUCUGGCGCUAUUGAAGCGGCAUUGAAAGCCAAACAGGCAUGGCAGGACACGCCAUUUGUGGAUCGAGCGGCUAUUUUCCUCAGAGCAGCAGAGUUAAUAUCGAAGAAGUACCGAUUUGAAAUUAUGGCUGCCACGAUGCUCGGACAGGGCAAGAAUGCCUGGCAGGCGGAGAUUGAUGCUGCUGCGGAGUUGGCGGAUUUUUUCCGGUUCAACGUGGCGUAUGCGGAUGAGAUUUAUGCCAAACAACCAACUUUGAAUGAGCGUGGCCAAGCAGGGCGAACCGACUGGCGUCCAUUGGAGGGCUUUGUCUAUGCGAUUUCACCGUUCAAUUUUACUGCGAUUGGUGGAAAUCUGAUCUCUGGUCCAGCGAUUCUAGGCAAUGUUGUUCUGUGGAAACCUUCUCCAUCAAACAUCUAUGCCAGCUACUUGGUUUACAAAAUUCUGCGUGAGGCAGGCCUGCCUGCAAACGUCGUCCAGUUCAUCAAUGGUGAUGCACAAAUGGUCACUAAAAUUGCACUUUCGCAUCCUGAGUUGUCCGCUAUCAACUUUACCGGUUCUUCGGAUGUAUUCCGCAGCCUAUACGGUCAGGUUGCGGAUGGUGUGCGAGAGAAAAAGUACCGUGAUUUCCCUAGGCUGGUCGCAGAGACCUCGGGCAAGAAUUUCCACCUGAUCCAUUCUUCUGCCGAUAUCAGCAAUGCUGUGAAGCAUACCAUCCGUGCUUCAUUCGAGUAUGCGGGCCAGAAAUGCUCUGCGUGUUCACGCAUCUACAUCCCACAAAGCCGUGCGGAAGAAUUCUUCUCGGAAAUGAAGCAGGAGUUGAGUAGUGUCAAAGUCGGCGCACCUGAGGACUUUGGAAGCUUCAUUGGCCCAGUGAUUCAUCGGGAAGCUUUUAACAAAAUCACCAAGGCGAUUGAUGCUGCCAAUAAGGAUGACAGACUCGAAUUGAUCGUAGGUGGUACCUAUGACUCCAGCAAAGGCUUUUAUAUCGACCCGACCAUCUACUCCGCCAAGACGCUCGAUCAUCCUCUUUUCGAUCAAGAGCUCUUUGGCCCCGUACUGGCCGCUUACGUCUACCCUGAUGCCGAGUUCGACUCACUCCUAACCACGAUCGACAAACAGGGCGGGGGAUUCGCACUCACCGGCGCGAUCUUCGCGAAUGAUAUUACCGCGAUACGCAAGGCUGAAGAUCGUCUACGCUACGCGGCAGGCAAUUUCUACACCAACUGCAAGACUACUGGAGCCGUUAUUGGCCAGCAGUCAUUUGGAGGGUCGAGAAGCAGUGGUACGAAUGACAAGGCCGGCAGCGCAAAUAUGUUGAUGCGAUUCACAGCACCGAGGACGCUGAAGGAGGAGUACCACACGCUGGACAAUGUUUUGUACCCGAGUAAUGCGUAG